CAUUGGCGGUCAGUGGUGUAGAGCCCAGCUCCGCUGCCUCUUUUCGGCGCCCCUCGGCUCCGUCGACGGCAGGAUGCGGCCACCGGCUCUGGGCGCGCUCUGCCUGCUGCUGCUGCUGCUCCUCCUCCUCCUCCUGCCGGCGCUGGACGCCCGAGGGCCGCGCCGUCCGGCGGCCCCCCCGCCCUCCAGCGGCCCCCCCGCCCAGGAGAGGCGCAGGAAGAGCCAGGCGGGCCGGGCCCCUAAAGCGGCCAGGCCCAACGUCUGUGGGGAGGUCUGUUGCCCUGGAUGGUCCCUUGCACCCAAGACUGGAAAUUGCACCAAAGCCAUCUGCAUUCCUCAGUGCCAAAAUGGGGGCCAGUGCAAAGCCCCCCAGCACUGCACCUGCCGCUCAGGCUUCACGGGCCCCUACUGUGAGCACUCCACUCCCGCCUCCACGCUGACCGCACAGCCCCACAGGGUGCCCCUGCAGUCCAUGGCAGUCCGCUGGCAACCUCUGACGUUGACUGAGCUCCAGGUGGUGCUCCGGCGCCGAAAGGCAUUGGAUCCCUCUGAGAAGAUGGCCACAAUCCUGGCACAGCAUCUGGCCUCCCAACCUGGUGGUGACAGCAGCAACAGCCCUCCCGGACAUGCCCCCGCAGCAACACAAAUGCCCCAUGUCCUGUGUCCCCUCAUCUGCCAAAAUGGGGGUGUCUGUCUCAAGAAGGACAAGUGUCUCUGCCCCCCCAACUGGACUGGCAAGUUCUGCCACCUCCCAGCCCUUCUGCGCUCCCAUGGACAGACCCCCACUCGCCGGGGGACUGACUCCCAGCCCGAGAGAGCGGCCCAGCCCGUCGCCAAGUCUGUCUACACUCUCCCAAUCGCCAACCACCGCGAAGAGCGUGACGGAGUGGUGUCCAUGGUGAACGUCCACGUGGAGCACCCGCCCGAGGCCUCCGUCGCCAUCCACCAGGUGGAGCGGGUGAGCGAGGAGGUGCUGGGGGACACCAACGCCCUCCCGCUCUCCCGCACAGCCCUCUACAGCAUCUUGGCCCAGAGCAGCCCCCGCGACCCCGGCGGUUACAGCGAGAGUGCCGGCUUUGGCUACUGCUUCAGGCAGCUCCGUGGUGGAGAGUGCAGUGCCCCCCUGCCUGGCUUGCGCACCCGUGAGAUCUGCUGCCGUGGGGCCGGCCUCGCCUGGGGAGUCCAUGACUGCCUGCCCUGCCCCAGUGGUGACGUAGGGGACACCAGCCCGGUGGGGAGGAACGAAGUGGCCUGUCCCAAAGGGUUCCACCGGCAGAACGGCUCCUGCAUUGAUGUGGAUGAAUGUGAAGAGGGCAGCUUCUGCCACAACGGAGACUGUACCAACACACGCGGCAGCUUUGCAUGCGUCUGCCAUGAGGGCUACAUCCUUGACUCUUCCCGCAGCAGCUGCAUUUCUCACCAUGUGAUUUCGGAGGCCAAAGGACCCUGCUUCCGGGUGCUGCGAGAUGGCGGGUGCUCCCUGCCUAUCCUCCGCAACAUCACCAAGCAGAUCUGCUGCUGCAGCCGGGUAGGCAAGGCCUGGAGCCAAGGCUGCGAACGCUGCCCCCCUUUUGGCUCAGAUGGGUUCAAGGAGAUCUGCCCAGCAGGGCCCGGCUACCACUAUUCAGCCUCUGACCUCCGCUACGACACUCGCUUCCUUGGCCAGGACCUGCCCCGGGUGCCCGUCAGCCGCCAGCAAGGGGAGCCGGGCCCUGCUGCCAGGCCCACGACAACAGAGCCGCCUUCCAUCUUUCACUGGAGUCCCCGGCCCACCUCCCUGCUAGAACGCCAGCCCCCCUGGCAUCUGCCGACCCAGCUGCCUGGCCCUGAACCUUCUGUGCCAGAGGCUGGGCAGGGUGUGUGUGAGCGGCGCCCCCAGGUGUGUGGGCCAGGGCGUUGCAUCCCCCGACAGGGCGGCUACACUUGCGUGUGUGAUCGCGGCUUCUGGCUGAGUCCUCAAGGCACUCACUGUAUUGAUGUUGAUGAGUGCCGACGAAGCCCCCGCCCUUGCGCCAACGGCCGCUGCGAGAAUUCCAUAGGCAGCUUCAGCUGCAGGUGCCGGGCUGGCUACCAGGCUGACCCGUCAGGAUCUGAGUGCCAGGACAUUGAUGAGUGUGCCAAAACGCCCCCACCGUGUGCCAAUGGUCGCUGCCAUAACACCCCGGGUUCCUUCCGCUGUUCCUGCCCCACUGGCUACCGCCCUGGCCCCACUGGCUUUGAAUGCCGAGACGUUGACGAGUGCUCCCAGAGCCCCCCUCCCUGUGCUCACGGGCGCUGCCGGAACACGCCAGGCUCCUACAAAUGCACCUGCCCCACCGGCUUCCAGCCUGGCCCCACCGGCACCGAGUGCCUGGAUGUGGACGAAUGUCGGGAGAGCCCCCCCAUCUGCCAGCCUGGCCGGUGCGAGAAUGUGCCUAGUGGCUACCGCUGCACCUGCCCAAUUGGCUACCAGCCCAGCCCACUGGGAACCCAGUGUAUAGAUGUGGAUGAAUGCCAGCAGAGCCCCCUGCCUUGUGGCUCUGGGCGCUGUGAGAACGUGCCCGGAGGGUAUCGCUGCCUCUGCCCUGCAGGAUUCCACGCCAGCCUCACCGAGAAGCAGUGCUUAGACAUCGAUGAGUGCUCAGCUGGGUCACCCUGCAGCCCUCAGGGGCGCUGCAUCAACACGGAGGGCUCGUUCCGCUGCCAGUGUGGUCAAGGGUAUCGCACCGAGGGCACAGGGGCAUCCUGUGUAGAUAUUAACGAGUGCCUAGAGGGCGACUUCUGCUUCCCACGGGGCGAGUGUCUCAACACGGAGGGCUCCUACACCUGCCUGUGUGCCCAGGGCUUCACCACCGCCCCUAACGGGGCCUCCUGCAUGGACAUUGAUGAAUGCCAGCAGGACGCAGCAUGUGGCGGUGGGCACUGUGCCAACACCGAGGGCUCUUUUGAUUGCUACUGCCCGCCUGGCGCCCGCAGCAGCCCCAACAAGGCCUCCUGUGAGGAUAUCGAUGAGUGCCAGGAAUACGGAGUAGCUCUCUGCGGGACGCAACGCUGCGAGAACUCUGCUGGCUCUUAUCGUUGUGUGGCAGAUUGCCAGGUGGGCUACCGAGCCAGCACCACAGGAGAAUGUGUUGACAUCAACGAAUGCCAGGAGUCUGGAGCCAGGCUCUGUGGGGAGAAGCGCUGUGAAAACACUCUGGGGUCCUACCACUGCCUUGCCAGCUGCCAGACUGGGUAUCAAGCCACUGCCACGGGAGACUGCGUGGACGUGGAUGAGUGCAAGAACUCCUCACUCUGUGGCUCCCAUGCCAUCUGCCACAACCUACCUGGCUCCUUCCAGUGCAUCUGUGACCAGGGCUACGAAAGUGCCCAGGAUGGGCGGCAUUGCCUAGACGUGAACGAAUGCGAGACCCUGCAGGGGGUCUGUGGGGCUGCCCCCUGCGAGAAUGUGGAGGGGUCCUUCCUCUGCAUUUGCCCCCAGGCCGGUGAAGAGUUUGACCCCAUGACCGGACGCUGCGUUGCUCUGCCAGGUGCUGCACAUGUCCCGGCCUUCCCCAGGCGCCCUGAGGCUUCCCGGCCUGAAUCCGGACCCUCUGGGGCCAGCGAGAGCCUCCACCGCGAGUGCUACUAUGACCCCAAUGCAGCACAGGCCUGCGAGAAUGUGCUGGCAUGGAAUGCCACGCGCCAAGAGUGCUGCUGCAGCCUCGGCCACGGCUGGGGCAUUGACUGCCACAUCCAGGUGUGCCCCACCCCGGGGACAGCUGAGUACCGGACCCUCUGCCCUCAUGGCAAUGGCUAUGCUGUCCCCGGCGCUGGAAGUGCCUUGGCCUUUGCAGACGUGGACGAGUGCGCCCUCUUCAAUGCCCAGGUGUGCAAGGGUGGGGUCUGUGUGAACACGAUCCCAGGCUACUCCUGUUACUGCCCCAAUGGCUACUACUAUGAGAUGCAACACCUGGAGUGCAUUGAUAAUGAUGAGUGCCUUGACGAGGAGGCGGAGCCUUGCGUGGGGGGGCGCUGCAUCAACACCAUUGGCUCUUACUACUGCUUUUGUGCUGCCCCCCUGGUCCUCGAUGCCUCCCAGCGCCGCUGUGUGGCCAAUGCCAGCCAAGGCUCCGAUGACAACCUGGCUGUGUGCUGGCAAGAGGUGGGCCCUGACCUCGUGUGCAGCCGCCCUCUCCUUGACCGCCUGGCCACCUACACAGAGUGCUGCUGCCUCCAUGGGGAAGCCUGGAACAUGGAUUGUGCUCUGUGUCCGGCCCGUGACUCAGAUGACUUUGAGGCCCUGUGCAAUAUCCUUCGGCCCCCCAGCUAUGGGCCGGCGGUGCGUCCGGGAAGUGUGGGUCUGCCCUUCGAGUAUGGUGGGGGGGAGUUCCUGCCCUACAGCCCAGAGAUCUUUGCCCCGCCACCUCGCCCUGCCCCCCCCCGUGUUCCUGACUACGACCUUUUCCCCCGUGACUCGCUCUACGGCCCAUCACCCUACGAGUUCACCGACUUCGAGGACCUGCCCUACAGCAAUAUGCGGCAUGAGGGCCCAGCUGAGCCUCCCCGGGGGAGCUACCGGCCCCGCAGCCCCCCCGAGCCAGAAUGGCACCACCCAUCAAGCAGCAGCAGGAGCAGGAGCAAUGUGCCUUCCUACCUGGAGCGGCCAGGAAGGGCCAGUGAAGACUACAGCCGUUCUGAGGGCUUUGGAGGGUUCCUGGCGGAGGAGUGUGGGAUCCUGAGCGGCUGUGAGAACGGGCGCUGCGUCCGUGUUGCUGACGGCUUCACUUGUCACUGCCACGAAGGGUACCGCCUUGACCCAGCCCGUAUGGCCUGCCUUGAUAUCGACGAAUGUGGCGAGACGGAGGGGCUUUGCCCAGGCGGGCGCUGCCUCAACAUGGAGGGCUCCUACCGCUGCUUGUGCCCACGUGGCACAAUGCCUGCUGGGCAGCCCCCCCGCUGUGUUCCUGCCCCCCGCAGUCGAGCCUGAGCAGGAGCGGCUGGGGAAGUAUUUAUUACCUGUAUAGUCUGGGACCGUGGGAGGGGCUGUUAGGAUGAAGGGGGCAACACAGAACAAAAUCCCCCCCACUCUGUCUUGGUUCUCACCCCACCAGCAAACAGAAGCCCCUGAGAACCACCCCCCGUAACACCCCCAGAGGUGGCCUGGAAAUGCACCUAGGCUGGGGGGGGGGUCUCAUCCGCUCCCAGGGCAUUUGUGGGAGUGUUUGGACCAACUAUACCCCCUAACCAGCCAAGAACCAGGGGGAGGGGAGGGGAGGGGAGAAAUCCAAAAAUAUGGUUCAGCCCCCAUCAUAUGCAAAAGUGGUAGAUCCCUGGGAAGCUAAAUUUGAGGCUUGCCCUCGGCCACCAAACAGAGCCUUCCCCUCCCCCUUCUGCCACUGGAAGACCUUUUGCAAAGUCCAGCCACUUUCCUCCACAGCCUGUUUUGGCCCUGUGGGGGAGGGGGCCACUACCCCCUCUGUGCAAGGGCUCAUGCCCACUCUUACACACACCCCUCUCCUCACGCUCUGCCAGAGACUCUCUUUAAUUCCUUUCUCUGGCUUUUUGAUGCCUUGCACCGGCCCUGGCGCCCAGCGUCCUCCUGGCACAGAAUCUGGUGCCACGUUGGGCACCUCAGUGUGUUUGCCAAAGAAAGCAGGUGACCUUAAUUAGGGCUGCAAGCCAAGGCCGUACUGGGGUGGGAACUUCAGCCGCGUGCCCCUCCCCGCUACUCCUCCAGGCUUCCCAGUGGCAAUGAGGGCCAGCUCCACUUGCCUCCUCCCUCCUCCGUGCCCCCACCUCACUAAAGUUACUGGAACAAUAAAAGUUUUCUAUAAAAGGAGCCGGUGUGAGUGUCCAGGGGCUGGCGGUGAGGGCAAGGUGUGCUGGAGGGGAAGAGGGCAGUCCCUCCGCAGAAGGGCUCAGGGGGCACAGUUCUCUCCUCCCCCCGUACAGCCUCCUGUUCUCAACUCAGCCUGUCUGUUCUCCCUCCGCUGACUGCCCCAGAAAAUGCAGAAACCAGGCCAGCCGCUUAAAUACAGUAUUUCCCAUUCCACACAGUAUUAAAGUAUACAUUAAAAGCAAAAAAAGGCACUUUGUAUUGUCAAGGGCAAACCGUUGAUUUCCACCUCCCCACCCCCCACCCCACCAUGCUUUUGGUCUGCUCCCUUUCAGUUCAAGUCUUCACUGUGGCAUUGUGGCUGAUCCCCUCUGAGCAGCAGGACUGUGGUUGCAACAGCUCAACUCUUGCAAAGCUGAUCACCGUUGGAAAUACUUUUCUGUAAUGUUAAAGCCCACUUUUGUAGCUGUGUUAAAUUAAACCAAGGCGGCGAUACGCAAGACCAAAGAAGAGGGUGGGGGUGGAAAGCAACCCUCCUUCCCCCCACAGCAGCCAGCUUUGCAACAGGGUCUUCAUGAACCUCCUCCAUGGCGAAACCAAAGUGCCUGCCCCUAAUCAGUAGGGGUGGCUUUGCAGAGAGCCUGGCCCUUGGGGGCAGGAGGAUGCAGUGUUCCACAGUUGCAGAAUCUGGUAUCCUCAUGUGGAAUUCGGUGCCUGCAAGUUCAAGCUUCAUUUUUGGUUCCUUUUUAAAUAAAAUUACUACCCUUUA